UUAAGCAAAGUCCAGCGUACACAUGUCGCGGAAACAACUAAACGUGAGAUCAAUAUGCUUUGGUUUCUUGUUUUUAAUGAGUUUCAGUUUGAUACCACUCAGUACAAAGGCUCAAAUGCCCAUUUACCUUGAAAGUUAUUGUCAAAACACGACCAACCAAGUUCUGAGCAGUGCAUACCAAACAAACCUUAACAACGUCCUCUCAUGGCUAACCUUAGAUGCAGCCACAAGCAAAGGUUACAACUACAUAGAAAGCAACACCACGGUGCCUGUGUAUGGCACCUAUAAUUGCCGUGGUGACGUGGUUGGCGUCUUUUGUGAGUUUUGUGUUUCUAAUGCUGUCAGAGAAGUCCCCCAUCGCUGCCCCAAUGCGUUCGCUGCUAUUGUUUGGUAUGAUUUCUGCAUUCUAAGGUACUCUAAUGAGAGCUUCUAUGGGAAAGUUCUGACACACCCAAUGUGGAAUGGUACUGGAGAUAAAAACAUAUCCAACGUGGCAGAGAUUCAGAAAGGUGGGGAUUUUGUGAGAAGUGUGAUCAGAAAAGCAUAUAAGGAGACCAACUUUUACUAUAUUGAUGAUUUCAAUUUGAGCUCCACUCAGAGAAGAUAUAGCCUGGCACAGUGCAGUAGAGAUCUCACGAAUGAAGGGUGCAGACAGUGUUUGGAGGCCAUAUUCGCCAUAGUUCCCCAAUGUUGUGAACUGAAAUUAGAAUGGUUUGUUAUGACUGGGACUUGUGUGUUAAGGUAUGAUGAUCGUAUGUUCUACCUCAACAACCAAACAGCUUCAGUUUCUUUGCCUAAUAGGCAAACAGCUAAACAUGGGGUAAAUAAGAGGUCAAAAAUCUUGAUCAUUAGCUUAAGUGUGAUGGCAGCAAUAACUCUACUAUGCUUCUAUGUAUAUUGCUUCUGGUACAGGCGUAGAGUUACAAAAGAUGGGUUGAUACCUCAAACCAUUCGUCUAAAAUCACAUCAAAAUGUUCAAACGGAGGAUACACUGAAUGCAGACUUGUCUAGAAUCCCAUUAAUCACAAUUCUACAGAGUACUGACAACUUUUCAGAAGCAUCUAAGCUAGGGGAAGGUGGAUUUGGCCCCGUUUACAAGGGAAUUCUACCAGAUGGAACACAAAUUGCAGUGAAAAGGCUCUCAGAAUUUUCUGGUCAAGGCUCAGAGGAGUUCAAUAAUGAAGUAAUGUUUAUAGCUAAAUUGCAACAUCGAAACCUUGUAAGACUCUUGGCAUGCUGCUUGGAGGAAAAUGAAAAGAUACUUAUAUAUGAGUAUUUGCCGAACGCAAGUCUUGAUUUCCAUCUCUUUGACGAUGAAAAAAGAAAGGAACUCAAUUGGAAACUAAGAUUAAGCAUUAUCAAUGGAAUAGCAAGAGGUAUUUUAUACCUUCACCAAGACUCUCGACUCAAAGUAAUUCAUAGAGAUCUCAAAGCUAGCAAUGUCCUACUAGACCAAGAGAUGAAUCCCAAAAUAUCAGAUUUUGGAUUGGCAAAAGCAUUUGAAAUUGGACAGAACCAGGGCAAUACAAAACGAGUAAUGGGCACUUAUGGAUACAUGGCUCCGGAGUAUGUUAUGGAAGGAUUAUUUUCAGUGAAAUCCGAUGUUUUCAGUUUUGGAGUCCUUGUUUUAGAAAUCAUUUGUGGGAGAAAGAAUUCUGGAUUCCAUCUGUCAGGAGUAGGACAUGGUCAAACUCUUACUUUAUAUGCUUGGAGAAUAUGGUGUGCAGGAAAAUGUUUGGAAUUGAUGGAUCCAACACUGGAAAAAACAUUCACAGGAAGUGAAGUUGAGAGGUGCAUACACAUUGGUUUAUUGUGUGUUCAAGAAGAUGCAACAGAUAGACCAACCAUGUCCGAUGUUGUGGUAAUGCUGGCAAGUGAGACAAUGGCCAUUCCAAAACCCAAGCAUCCAGCAUUUUCAGUUGGAAAAAUGACCUCAGAGGAAGAAACUACAUCAAAAAGCUCCAAGAACCUUUCCCUUAAUGAUGUAACUCUCUCUAUUACUUUACCUAGGUAAUGGACGUUUGCACGGAUUUAUAACUUUCUAUCUACCAACAUAUAAGUAGAUGUCAGUAGAUCUUGUAAAAAAAAAUAGAUAUUAGUAGAUAUGUAUAUGAAUAUUUGUAAAACGGAAAAUAAUU